AUGAAACUCGCAGUUGCUGUAUUGUCAUCGAUCCUGCUUGCAUGCUCGGUUACUACAGCCAAUCCAGUCAACCCCAGUGCAACUACAGAUGUUGAAACUAGCACUUCAACCGUCAUUCCCAGUGCAACUACAGAUGUUGAAGCUAUCACCUCGCCAACUCCUAAUCCAAACGGUAUAGGUUUAGGUGGUCUUGAUCAACUUCCAAGUAGCAUCAAGGAAUUGCUCGACAAACACCUAAAGCUAAGUCAUGCUCGCGAUGAACAAAAAAAAGUAUGCGACCCGUUAAAACCUGAGUAUGACAGCCAGAUUAUACUGAUAGCGGACUUGGAAACGAAGAUUCAAGUUUUGGAACGUAAAUUUCAAAGAAGCGGCGGCAGUCCAAAAUAUGAUGGUGAAAUUCAGAAGACUAAGGCUGAUCUCGAAGCUCAAAAAGUCAAACUUAAGGAUAUUAGAAGCCGCUACUAUGAGUGCCAGCUCAAGACAUGUUAUAUUGAACUUGAUCUGAGUCUCAUCAAAAUAGAGCUCGUGGAGUGCGUUUUUGGAGAAACUUGGGAUCCUGAAUCAACUGAACGGAAACUUUUGCUUAUCGGCCAACAUCCUUCCGUUAUGAGGUACUUUGGCGAAUUAGGUAAUAAAGGACAAUCAUCAGAAUGCAAUGAAUGUCUUGGUCAGAAUCCUAGUGAUCAACAACAGCAUCAAGAACCGCAACCAUCACCGGAUACACCAUCCGGAUCUGGAUCCUCUGGACAGAAAGUUCCCUCCAAUAGACAAAAAGGUUCAUCCAAGUUUAUGGGUAAAUUGAAAUCAUUCUUUGGACGACCCAAAUAA